AUGUUGCCAGAAUCUUUGGUUUAUCUUUUGACUAAGGCAACAGCCCUCGUUUCUGUUAUCUUUGAUGAAUCUUCCCCAACAAUUAAGCCUUUCUUCGAUCGUCAACAAUUUAAUUUUGAAGUUGAUUUGUCCAAUUUAAAACAUUUUCCAACAUUUUUGGGGCAACUCCAAGCAGAAAUAAAAAUAAAUAAAACAGAAUUGACAGAAAUUCCUUUAAUUAUUUAUUUAAUUGAAGAACAAAAAAAUGAAAUUAAAAUAAUUGAAAAUAAACAAAAAGAAGUUGUUGAAGCUGUACAGAUAUCCCCAAGUGAUUUAUUUAGUAUUGGACGUGAAAGUGGAAAAAUACAUUUAAUGAGGAAACCAACAGAGAAUGAAUUGAGUAAAAGAGAAGGAAUUAAAUUUAAAGUUUGGAUAGUUUUUUAA